CAGGCUUUGGCACACAAUGGAUUUGCAUGAGAAUGGAGCUCCAUUAACAGAGGUGUUUUCCAUUUCAUUCGCUCUGAGCCCUGCUGAGCUGAUUCAACGCAAAAAUGUCCCUCUUCCAUUUCCUCCUCUUCCUCGUCCUCAUCCUCCUAGUCCCUCUGUCCUCUGAAGAGUCAGUGAUGGACAACAGCAGCGACCGGCAGAACGGUUCCACCUUUCUGUACUUCGCUUACGGCAGCAACCUUCUGAAGGAGCGGCUGCAGCUGAAGAACCCAUCAGCCACCGUCUACUGCGUGGCCAAACUCAAGGAUUAUAAACUGGCCUUCGGGAAUCAUAAAGGACUGGCGAGUCAGCGCUGGCACGGCGGUGUCGGGACCAUCGAACACAGCCCAGGGGACGAGGUUUGGGGCGUUGUGUGGAGGAUGAACAUGUCGGACCUCGAGUCCCUCGACAGGCAGGAGAACGUGAAAAUGGGCACCUACAGCCCAGUGGAGGUGAACGUCGCCACCAGCAGACAGGACCUCAGCUGUCGCACGUAUAUCAUGAACAGCUGCGUUUAUGCACCACCUUCACCGCAGUAUCUACAGGUACGGUCUCCUGCGCGCUUUAACAAGUCACAGAAAUACGGCUUUUAUCAGGAGUCAGUGAUGGACAACAGCAGCGACCGGCAGAACGGUUCCACCUUUCUGUACUGGCAGCAACCCAGCAACCUUCUGAAGGAGCGGCUGCAGCUGAAGAACCCAUCAGCCACCGUCUACUGCGUGGCCAAACUCAAGGAUUAUAAACUGGCCUUCGGGAAUCAUAAAGGACUGGCGAGUCAGCGCUGGCACGGCGGUGUCGGGACCAUCGAACACAGCCCAGGGGACGAGGUUUGGGGCGUUGUGUGGAGGAUGAACAUGUCGGACCUCGAGUCCCUCGACAGGCAGGAGAACGUGAAAAUGGGCACCUACAGCCCAGUGGAGGUGAACGUCGCCACCAGCAGACAGGACCUCAGCUGUCGCACGUAUAUCAUGAACAGCUGCGUUUAUGCACCACCUUCACCGCAGUAUCUACAGGUUAUUGUGAUGGGCGCGGAGCAGAACGGGCUUCCGGAGGACUAUCAGGACAAACUCAGGUCUAUCCAAACCAACAAAUACGAGGGACCUCUGCCUGUGAUGAAAGAACUGGAGAAAGCUUUGAAAAAAUCCAAAAGGAAGGACAGAAGAGAUUCAGUCUGAUGAUUAGCGUCGGAUUCGCCCUCAUAAAUGAUGUCUGUGUGCACACUUAUCUGUAGUCUACUACACAAUGCUAUUAGACGGGUUAGUUCUGUUGUUUAGACAGAGGAGGGGAAGAAUGUGCAGCAUUUGUAACGUAUGGUAGCAAAACAAUUGCAUAAAGUAUUUUUGCUGGCA